AUGGCCCGGGCGUUUCUGACCAAGUUGACCAAGAUCUCGGAGCACAUGCCGCACGUCACUCAGGCCAAGCGCGACCUGCUAGAUGCAGCAGCCGUACAGUGGCUGCAGCAGAGGCAAAUCGGCGGCAGCUGUGGCGGUACGGACGGCGGCGGCGCGGCGGCGGCGGCGGCGGCGAGGCCGCCUCCGCCGCUCCUGCCGCUGACGGUGGCACCUGACCUGGCCACGGCCGCCAGCUUACUUGCGCGCAUGCGUGCCGCCGCCAACUACACACCGUCACGGCAGGUGGUCGUGGCGGUGGCGGCACCCCACUUGGUGGGGGGCCGUACUGGCGCUGGCGGCGGCGGAGCUGCCGCGUUGGCGGUGGUGCAACUAGCGACGGAGGUGGCGCGGGCGGGUGCGCUGCCGCCGCUAGGGGUGCAUAGUGACGGCGAGGGGAACGCAGCAUCGGCGGCGGCGGUCGAUUCGGAGGUGUUGGCUACCUUUUGGAGCGAGGUGAGUCGCGUCUUAAGGAACCUGCGCCUGUCGCGGCUGCUGGCGGCGGCCGUUGAACACGGUCAACAGGGUACGACGGCAGGCGUUCCUGCUGCGGCGGCGACUUCGCGGCAGCUGCGGCGCCGCCGUCAGCCGGCGGCAGAUCGCCUUGUAGCACACGUGGAGGCGGCGGCGCGGCUGCGGCUGGAGCUCAGUCUAGCGUGGUCGGCGGAUGUGCUCAGAGCGCUGCGGUGGCCCGCCGGGGAUCAGAUCGUACGGUACGGCAUGACGCCGGCGUUUCUUUGGGAGUUGGCAAGUAGAUUCGAGCAGGCGGAUGCCGCGGCGCGAAGAGAGCAGCGGCGGCUACAGCGGCGCGGCGGCGAGUACGGCGGCGGCGGCGGUGGAGGUAGCAAGACGCUGACGUGGGCUGAGAUGCGGGCACGGAACUUGUACGGCAACACGCGGAGGCAGACGCCAUACCACCAAUAUCAAUACCAAUACCAGCAGCAGCAGCAGCAGCCGCAACAGGCGGCGGCACAGUCACGAACCAGCGCGAUGCUGGCGCUGGGGGAGAGGCUUCAGGUUAUUACUGCCCCCGACUGGAACCUUAUAGCCUUUAGACCCGCAGCUGGUCUCACACGCCACAACCACCAUAACCACCACAACCACGACGCUCUGGGCACUCUCCUCCUCCAGCAUGACAACACAGGCGGGCGGCAGCAGCAGCAGCAGCAGCAGCAACACCAGCAGCAACACCAGCAGCAACACCAGCAGCAACACCAGCAGCAGGGCUUUUUUCCUCCGGGUUACAGCGUCUUGCCGCAUGCCCAAGUUGAGUUGCCGUCGCCGCCGCUACAGCCACUACUGCCGCUCGACUCGCUGCUGGCGCUGCUGCUACACCCUAACAACUUGGCGCCGCCGCUGGCCCUUCGACAGGCGGCUACGCGGCUGCUGGCACCUGGAGGCGACGGCGGCGUCGCCUGGCGGCUCGUACGGCCGCACGAGUACGACAUGCUCCUGCAGCGGCUGAUGGCGCAGCCCGUCGAGUGGAGUUGGCCGCCGCCGCCAUGGCCUUCAGCGACGGCAUCAGUGACGUCACGGCCGCCGCCGCCGCCGCCGUCGCAAGCGGCGCUACCGGAUGGGUUGUCGCCGCUUGUGGCAGGGCUCGAGCGCGUGUUGUCGGAUGCGGAAGAGGGUCUACGAUACGGAGGCGGCGGCGGCGGCGCUGGCGGGCUCUGGCGAGUGCGCAAUUCCCGCAUGCCGCCAGCAGCAGCAGCGGCCGCUGCCGCGGCGGCAGCGGCGUCGCCGGAGUUGUUGGAGCUCGCGGAUGCAGAGGGGGCCGUACAGCCGGAAUGGGACGAGCCGCCCAGUUCCACUUCCACUUCUAAUCCUGCGCCUGGCGGGGAUGUGUACAUCCCCUCAGAGGUUCAAAUUCAGUCUGCUGGGAUCGAACUGGGGUUUACCGCCACCGCGGCGGAAGAUCCACAGAUCACUGACGGCGGGCAUGUCGUAAAUCGCCGUCAGGAUAUGUCGUAUGGUAUAGAGGUGGAGCGUCCGACGCGGCGGCAGUGGGAGUCGGCGGGAGAGCAGCCUGAUGACGGGGAUCUGCACUUUGCGGUGCCGCCACGUGUUGUGUACGGCAUUAUGCAUCUAGCAGCGGAGCUGCUGCGGCACAGCGCGCCGCGGACCGGCGUUACGCCGCCGUCACCGUCGGCGCCGCCGCCGUCGAUGCCAUUGGCGCCGCCGCUGGCGGAUGUGCAAGGGCCGGCGGCGGCGCUGCUAGACAGCAGCUCGCGGCUGCUGGCACGUCUUGUGCCACCGGACAUGUCGUACGCGUACGACAUGGCAAAAUUGUACGGCAGCCUGGGCCAGGCUCCAGCGCACCCUGUCGUUCUGGCGGCGAUGGCUCGCGGUGCCGAGCUAGCGGCGGCAGAGACGCUAGCCAUGCUGAGUACCUUGGAACGGUGGCAGCCGCCGCCGCCGCCGCCUCGUCCGUCAUCAUCACCGUUGCCGCCUGCGCUGCCGCCGCCGCAACCUGUACUUCCGUCGUACAUGGAGCAAGUCCCACAAGCCCAGCACCUGAUGCUAGGGCAGGGCUGGCAGCUGGCUGAAGAUGUACGACAGUUGGAGCUGCAGCUGACGGCGACGACGGAGGAGCUGACGGCGGCCAAGGCUCGCGAGCGCCAGGCGGCGGCGGAGCACGGCCAGCUGGUACGGCAGCUGGUGGAGGCUCAGCAGCGGCGGCUGCAGCUCGAGGAGCGACAACGGCAGCCUCGCCGCCAGCUUCCGCCGUCAACAGGCUGUCCACAAGACGGCGGACAAGCGCCGCUGGCGGAUGACAGUCUACGAGAUGCAGUGCCGUCGGCGCUGCAUGCCGAGGACGUCCUGGGGCAGCAAAUCCAGGAGUACGUGGCACGCCUGGCGGCGGCGCGUGGUGAUGUGGCGCGGCUCCGCCGCGCCGCCGCCCUGUGCCGCCGCCAGCUGCUCCGCCACAGCAAUCGGCUACUGCGAGCUGCCACCUCGCGUCUGGACCGUCAUGGGGUUCCGGAGCUACAGCUGCGGGAGCGGCAGCAGCAGCUGGCGGCGGUGGCGGAGGUGCUCGCUGAGCACUGGUACGUGCCGGCAGAUAACUGCAUGCUCGUGCCAAGACUGCAGCAACUUGUACGGCAUCCUAUGCUGACGGCGACGUCGGCCGACGACGACGUCGUCGCUAGCCCAUCGAAUUUGCUAGAUUUAAGACUGUGCUGUGCGACCGCGUGGUUGGCGAGUAUACCGCUCGCGAGGCAGCGGCUGUCAGGCGGCGGCGCCGCUGCCGCCGCCGCCGCGGCCACCGAUGGGGGCCACGUAAACGACGGCGAGUACGACAGUCACGGCGGCGGCGGCGAAAGCCUAAAUUGGCCCCCCCAGGUUGAUGUUGCGGCGGCGGAGGCAAGCACCUUAAAAAAUGUUCAGGGCCAAGUCUUAGAGCUUGUGAAGCUGGCGGAGGCGAAUGUACGGACGCGGCUGGCGGCAAGAUCGGAGGUUGCGGAGGCAGUGACGGCGAUGAUGGCAACAAACGAGGCGGCUGCGCGUGCAGGCAACCUAGCACUGGCGGGGGAUGUCCAGCUACAGCCAGCGUCGAAGACGGAACUGGCUAAUGGCAGUAGCGUAUGCCCUGGCGGCGGCGGUAGUGACGGCGGCAGCGACGGCGGCGGCGGCGUGUUAUCCCUGCGUUCCGCAUAUGCGCUGACGGCGGCGUGCUGGAACGUAGGUGUCAUGCCCCCCGUGCUACGGGCCGCCGUUGCCGCCGACAUCCGCGCCUCCACCGCCGCCGCCGCUGCCGCCGCCGCGCCGAUCGCUGGCACAUACGGUAGCGGCGGCGACCGCAGCGAAAGGUUGUACGGCACCCACGGCGGUGCACUGGACGCCGUCGUCCGCAAGCUCUUCUUCGGCCGCGUUCUGGGCGUCGACGACGAGCGGCAUCAUCCAUGCGCGGCGGCAUCCGACAGCGGCGGCGACGGUACGGCAGCGCUGACGCAGCUGCCGUACGAGGGCCGUUUGCUGCUGGCGAUGCAGCUUCUCGACAUGCACGUGAUCACGCCGCUGGAUGCCGUCGAGAUGCUGAAGGACACGUUCGCGUUUGAGGUACUACCGCGACUUCGUGACCCUGGGCGCCUGACGCAGUUGGUGCGGUUGAUGGUGGGUCCAACCUCUGUUGCCGCUGUUGCCGACAAUGGCGCCGCCGGAGGCGGCGGCGGCGACCUCUCGCCGUCCGAGGUGGCGGCGGAGGCGCCGGCGCCAGCAGGUCCAAGCAGGUCCAAGACGAUGGCGAGGGCGGCGGUGGCGGCGACGGCGGCGAUGACUUUGCCGGCACCCGCGCUGAGCGCGCUCACCGCUCGACUGACGUCCGAGCUGGCGCCGCCGGCAGCGGCAGCGGAGGCAGCGGAGGUAGAAGACGCCGGCGCCGUCGGCGGCGGCAGCGGCGGCCUCCCCGCCUCGGCCGCUGCUGCCGCCAGCGAUACGGGCGGUGCUGGUGCUGGUGUUGGUUCUGGUGCUGACCGCCCCCGGGCUGCCGCCUCCGCAACCGCCACCGCCACUACCGCUACCGCCGGCGCCGCCGUCACCACCCUGGCGGACCUGGCCGCCGCUUCCCGCCAAGUGGAGGUAGAGACGCGGAUCGACCAGGUCGCGGAGGUGGCGGUGCGGCUGCUGGCCCGGGCCGCGGACCCGACCUCCCCGCCCCUGAGCGGUCACCGUCUGGGGCUGCUGUGCGGAGCAGUGGAGGGUUUCCUGGCCUCCCUGGACUCCCCCCACGCGGGGCUGGCGGCACGGGAGCUGGUUUCGGAGCAUUUGCAGUUGCUGCGAGAGGCUCGCGGUGAUGAGCCUGACGCCGCCGCCGUUGCUGGCGGCCGGGGCGAGGUUCCGUACGGCGUCAGCGUGGCGGCGGCAAGCGGGCUAGCCGGCCCCACGGGUCGACUGGCGUCGCCGUCGGGCCGUCGUCGUCACAUUGAUCCCGCGAACGGCGAGCGAACGGCGAGCGGCGUCGACGGCGGCGGCAGCACGUCUGGCGGUCGAACGCUGCCACCACCACCGUUGGCAUCUCUUUCGUCGACCCCGUCCGCUUUGGCCGCACUGCUUCAGGCACCCUUCACACAAGCGUUUGGUGGAGUCGUACAGUUGGCUCCGGGACCCGACGCCGUACCGGGUCUCGUUAACCUCACCGCCGCCGCCGCCGCCACCACCACCACGACCGCCGCCACCUCAACAGCUGGCCCCGCGCACGGUGACGACGACGGCGCGGCGGCACAUCCGUUACUGUCGCCGUACGGCAUGUGCCUCGUACGGCACUACCCUGGAAUGCUGCAGCGUGUCCUGGCGGCUGUGCUUUGUGAGGCCGCCGCUGCCGACGCCGCCGCUGACGUCCCAGCGCCGACACCGCCGGUCCCGUCAGCGUCGGAGUUCUUUUUAGAGUCUGAGUCUGUGCCGGCGCCGGCCCCGCCACAGCUUCACAAUCUACAGCCUUCAUCCGUCAGGGCUUCCGAAGGCGUUGUCCCGUUUGGCGGCGGCGCGUUGGGGCCUGGGGGGCUGCUGCCUCCCGUGAUGCAAGGACACCCGCCGCCGCCGCCACCACAGCAGCCGCCGCCGCCACAGCAGCAGUCUCCGUCGGCACCUGCGCAGCAACAGCAGGCAUUGCAGGCCCAGCUACAACAGCAGCACCAGCAGCACCAACCGCAGCACCAACAGCAGUACCAACCGCAGCACCCCGUUGUUUCCGAGAUGAGUUUGGGGCUGGCGGCAGCACACGGCUUCAUCAACCAGCACUGGGGGAAGGCUCCCCUUGAGCGACUGUUGCAGUACGGCAGGGAUGUACAGCUGCUUGGCGGCACCGUCCCACGGGUCGUUUCGUUGCUUCAGUGCGGAGCUGUGCUGCCGGCGUUGCGGGAAGCGCAUGACGGCCUGGAGGAUCUGUUGAUCUGCCUCCGGCGGCUGCAGGACCAGGCCACUGCCGCCUCUGAGCGAUUAACACACGCCAAGCAUCUCCAACACCAGCACCAACACCAGCAGGUUCUCGCGCAGAAGAAAUACCACUCGAAGCUGCCGGCCCACCCCCAAAACCCAGGCCAGCUACAGCCACAACAGCGGUUGCAGCAGGAUGCACAUCACCAGCAGCAGCAGCAGCAGCAGGAGGAGGAUGAGGAAGAGCUGUUGCUGGCGGAAGCCGCUGUGGUUGCCGUACGGGAGAGGGAGAGGGCCUUAUGGUCGUCCUGGCGGUUGCAGUGGCGGCGCCUGCUGGUCGCGAUGCGGCGGCUAAAACCCAAAUCGCAGGCGGUGUCGCAGCUGCGGCUCCUCCAAUCCCUUCCGUCUCCCCCGCGGGAAUCAUCACCAUCACCAUCACCAUCACCAUCACCAUUGACACACCGAGAUGCUGCUACAGCCAGCCAGCUACUAGUAUUCCUCAGCAGCAUUUGCAUGUCCCCCUGUCCUUUAUCGCACCCGCCUCACCUCUUUGUUACCCUUUUGUUUUUGCAUGUGCCUUUUGCCACUACUUCGGCGGCCUGGCCAGCGUCAUCGUCGUCGUCGGUGGCGGUGGCGGCAGCCGCGGCGGCGGCGGAGCUGGGUAAUAUCGGUCCUGGCGCCGUUGGCAGUGGCGUCAUUAGCGGCACGGCGGAUGAUGAUUUGGUCUUGUCAGCUGAGCUACUGGGCGCGGAACGGGAAGCCUUGCUGACGUUGCAGCGCCGGUUGUUGCCGUACUUAGCUGAAGAGCUGGCGGCAGAGCUGGAGGUCGCCGCGGCAGCGGCAGCGGCCACAGAUCACGGCGCCGACGCCAAUGCCGCCGCCGGUGUCUCAGCCGCAUGUACGGCAUUGGCGCGGGUGCUUUCGCUGCCUAUGGCGGCGUCAGCCGCCGCCAGCGAAAUGCCGUACAGCGCCCUGAGUAGGUUUAGAUUGGCGCUCCGUGGCUGUGAGCUCGUGGCGGAGCGCGGGUACGUGCAUGACGGGCUGGCGGAGGUCACGAUGCGGGUGGCGGGGGAGGCGUUUCGGGAGGCAGCGGCGGCGGUGGCGGCGGCGGACUGGGGCGGCACCGCGACGACGCCGCGGCACGACGCCAUCGCAGGCGCUCUGCUGCGAGUAGCGCUGCCUGUGCUGCGAUUGUACGGAAAGGCCAGCGUCGCUGCGGCGUCAGCGCCGGGGCAGUGGUACGGUAGCAGCGGUGCUGGAAGUCGACACGUCGGCGCUGGCGGCGGGGGGCUGGUGUACGACCACCCUCUGGUGCCGCUGCUGGCGGCGUUGGAAGAUGAGGCGAAGGGGAUUUUAGAACUGACAUUGCCGCCGCCGCGUCGGCCGCCGCCGCUGCAGCAGCAGCUCCCGACGGUGGCAGGCGGCUCCUUGGCUGCAGCCGCCGCUGCCUCCGCCGCCGCCGCCGCCAGGCCCUCCACUCGGGCGUCACCACACGGCUCUGCUAUCGAAGACACCACCUUGACCUCGUCCUUGCCUGUCGAAUUGUUCUUGGCGCUUCUGAGCGCCGGUUACGUGCGCGGCCGCCUGCCGUACGCUCUCGCCGACGUCGUCAUUGACCUAUUGGACGAGCGACGGCGCCCCGGCGGCAGCGGCGGCUGCGACUCACAAGCCCCCUCAAAGGACCCUGGCGGCGCCGCCGCCGCUGCCGCGCCGGCAGGUCGACUGACGGAAGCACAGCUCGAGGCGUUGUUACGAGCAGCGCCCGCUAUCGUACUUGUCGACCGGGCCGGCGGCGGGCCCUCAGACGGCGGCGGCGGCGGCGGCAGUGCAGUGUCCCCGAGUCCCUCUACACAAGGCUUCAGGCUGCUGACGGAGCUGGCGGAUAUGCUGGCGAAGAGCAGCACCUCCGUCGUACGGCACACCGGACAGGUUUCGUCGUCGUCGUCGUCUCCGCCGCCGCGGUUCCCGGGACUUCCGGAGCCGUCGUCUGUGGAUGUGCGCGAGGGUGGCGGUGACGACGGCGGCGGCGGCGGCGGCGGCAGCAACCGCGGUAACGGAGGGGCCGGACUCCGCGUAUCGCGUCUGGCGCUGUGCUGCCUUGCACACGCACUGUCGCGACGGCACCGUGACGGCGUUUUCCUGUCGUACUCCACGUGGCUGUACGGCCAGCUGUACGGCCACUGCGACCGACGGCGCCGCUAUGACGGCGCCGGUCGCAAGGAUGUGGUCUCCGUGCUCGUCGGCGCCGCUGUCGACGGCGGCGGCGGCGGCGGCGGCGGCCUUGGCGAGGAGGUGGGCGAUCUAGUGUUUCUCGCGGCCCCGGUCCUGCCCUGCCGUCGCCUGGCAACGGUGCUCCAAUGGGCUUCAUGGGGCGCAGUGGCGGAGGGGGAAGCCACGAUGGCCAAUGCACCCACCGCCGCUGCGGCCGCCAGUACGGCAGCCGCGGUGGGCGGUGUACCGACCCAUGGGUCCGUACGGCGCCGCCUGGCCGCCGUCUGGUAUGACGUGCUCGACCGGUGGUUGGAUUCUGGGGGUGCUGCGGGCGGCGUGUCGGAGGGCGGCAGCAACGACCAGGCGAGUGUCGUACAAUCUGUACCGCAUACGGCGAUGGCGGCGGCAGCAGCCCUGAAGCCUCGUGGCAAAUCCUCGGAUGUGGAGCAUGUGGAUACUGUAGCUGAGGCUCCCGGGCUACGGCAGCAGCAGCAGAAGGAGGAGGAGGCGGAGGUGGAUGUGCGGGCGGCGGCGGCAUUGUUGGAGAGUGGCGAGCGGCUGGGCUGCACUGACCCACGGGCCGCUCAGGCGUUGUCGCGGGUGCUCGAGACGGCGCUGCAGGAGGCCGAUUGGGGCUCGGUGGAGGACGAAUGA